UUUCCUUUCCCUCUCUUUGGCUCUACUCAAAUAUUCUGACCUUAUAUAGACACCUUUUCACCAAACCUAUGCUGCAAAGACAAAGGUGACCAAAACAGAAACACCAGAGGCUGCUAAAAGGUUCUACUUCUACAAGCCAUGGACAUCAAAAUAGAAAGUGAUGAUUCUCAGAAUGAGGAGAAUGAAGAAAGGCUACCACUCCUGAGAAAUAGUGAGGUGCCAGAAGCAGAGAGGAAUCUGAUUCAGAAAGCCAUUAGCCAGACAUUUCAGAGCACCGCACAUUUGGGCAACCUUUUACCAACUGGCACAGUCCUUGCUUUCCAACUUCUGUCCCCGAUCUUCACAAAUGUUGGCAACUGUGACUCUGUCAGCAAGGCCAUGACUGCUGCACUUGUAUCUCUCUGUGGUGCCUCAUGCUUCAUGUCAUGUUUAACUGAUAGCUUCCGAGACAGCAAGGGGAGCAUCUGUUAUGGGUUUGCCACCCUCAGGGGCUUGUGGGUCAUUGAUGGAUCAACCACCCUUCCACCUCAACUUGCCGCAAAAUAUCGCCUAAAGUUAAUAGAUUUCAUGCAUGCAGUGAUGUCAGUUUUGGUAUUUGCAGCAAUUGCAUUGUUUGAUCAGAAUGUGGUGAAUUGCUUCUUUCCAGCACCCUCAACUGAGACACAGGAAAUCCUCACAGCAUUGCCAGUGGGUAUUGGCGUUUUGGGCAGCAUGUUCUUUGUUGCAUUUCCUACACAGAGACAUGGAAUUGGCUUCCCCCUUUCAACAGAUUAAUCGUCCAGUUCUGUUUAUAUUAAUCUUUGUUAAUGUCACCGAUUUCAAAAAUUUAGUUGGUUGGAUUCAUUCUUGUGCUUGGAACCAUUUACUUAUAUUCAAUUGAAAUUUAUUAUUUAAA